AUGGACUCCGAACUUCCUGCUGUGAAUACUGCGCAACUUGAAACUCCUGUUUUCCAUAGAGAUCAUAAUGAACCUCUAUCUAGUCAACAGUCUGUUACUAACAGAUGUAGUACAUCUCGGAGUUUCGACCAAAACUUUGCACAGCACCCAUCUGUGGAAGUUCCUUUAGGAACCCCCAUCCGACCUAUGCCCUAUGCUGAACCUUGUACAAUUAUUACAGAUGUUAAUCAUAAUGACAAUACUUACCACACAUUGCAGACUCCGCAGCAAGUGUCUUCUCAAAAAUCAACUCCUUCAAACCAGCAUUCAUCAACAACUUUGUCAUGGGAAAUACCUCUGUUCACGCCGCAGUCGGCGACUGCCACUCAGGCUGGCAGUUCAAGUACAGAGCCUCCGACUGAUUUUUCAUCUGAGAAUAUGGCAAAACGAGUUAUUCCAACGAACAAUGACUCGCAAACCGAGAUAGCUGCAAAACUUGCACGCGUUCAAGAACAACUUGAAGCUGCUUCGUCCAAGGACGACCAAAAUGAACAUUGCGAGAGGCAAGAAAUCGAAACAGUUGUUAAAGAGCACUUGGAUGCUUUCCAAGAAUCGGGCGUUGUCAGCACACAGGCCUUCCAGAAGGAUGAUAUUAUCAUGGACUACCAUGGGGUUGCUGUGACAGAUAAAACAUAUCAAGAUUUGAUAAGGAACCGUUCUGUUCCGACUGAAUUUGUGCUGGAAAUUGGCGCGCCUGUGAAGCGUUUCAUCGAUGCUUCUUCAGAAGUGUGUGUUGAACAUCCAACCAACCGCUGUCUUGGUCGCCUGGCUAAUCACAGCACACUAAACUCCAAGAAGAAUUUGGAUGCGAAUAUGAAGAUCAUAGAAGUUGUUCUUAAUGCCUUCGAUCCGCCAAAACGAUUAGCUGUAUUCAAAGCCCGAAGAAACAUUGAGCCUUUCGAACAGCUACGAUACGAUUAUGGCGAUAAAGUUGCUCGAUACAUGUUCAACAUGUGA